AUGCACCACCUCGCGCGGGGCACGGUCGGAGCGGCCGAGGGCGCUGGGCCGUCGGCUGCGUGGGAGCGGGCAACACCGCUCCAGAGGGCUACUUCGAGGAGGUUACUGGAGGCGUGGCUUGCUUGGGGCAGCCAGGUGGCCGCGAUCAAGGAAGACGAGGACGCCGCCCUUCGGCGCGUCAUGGCCGGUCGGGCCUCGCCAUACUCAGGCGAUGGGGCUACGGUUGCCCUGGGGAAGGAUUCAAAGGGAAGGGAAAUGCUACCAAAGGGCGCGAUGUGCUCCGUCGACGUGGAGGAACUGGCUCUUCCGCCGCCAGGGACCAUCCCUGCCAAGCUCGUGGACAUCUGCCCGCUGGCUGCCGAGUACUUCUCCGACGUUGCGGGGGGGAUGCUACGCGAGCCCAGCAAGGCCAUGGACGAGGAGCUGAAAGGCCAGAAGGUCUACCGAGAUCCGUCUCUCCGCUCGAGGGCGUCGCGUCUCCGCCUAGCCGAGAGGCUUUGGGGUGCGGGGAUGCUCGGGACCACCGGCGAGAUGGUCGAUGGGGGUCUCGCUCUUCGGAGUCAUCAAGAAGUACCUGCAGGAGGAGGGGGACCCCUCAGCCCCGCCAGGCGCCAGGUGCGCGCCAUCUGGGACCAGAGGCGGGCCAACCUCCGCUGGCAGAGGCCCCCGUGCGUGCCCCUCGGCAGCCCCGCGACCUUCGCUCACGUGGACCUCUCCAACCUGGGCGAGAGGGACGUGGUCUACACUGGCGUGGGCGACAUCCCAGACAUGUUCUAUUGUUUGGAGACGCCGCCCGAUGUCUGGCCCUACUUUGUCUUGGAGGAGGUGCCAGUCCACGAGUUCGUCGAGUACAUGAGGACCAAAGGGCAGGACUGCGUCACCCUCGAUGGCGGGCCCUUCCUGGCGCUGAAGGCCCUGGUCAUGGGCUGGUCGUGGGCCCCGUUCUUGGCCCACUCUACGUUGCAGGCCUGCAUGGCGCGCGGGCUCGGGGAGGACUCCGUCGGGGCUCGCCUGGUCUACGGGGCUCCGACGCCUCAACUGACCGGGCCCGAGGGGUUCGAGUCGGUGAACUGGGCAUACAUGGACGACUACGGAGUCAUGGCCACGUCCGCCAGCGCGCAGCAGCCAGUGAGCGAGGUCGUGAGCGGACUGACGGCCCGAGUCACGCACUACUUGAGGCAGGUCGGGCUCCCCGUCCACAAGGAGUCCGAGGGCGAGGGGCUCGAGUCGCUGGGGGCGGUCAUCCGAGGCCGACCCUACUCCGUCUCAGCAGAGACCGACCGCACCUGCGGCCUGGCUCUGGUGACGCUGCGGCUGGUAGAGCGGACGUACUGGACCGCGGAGCUCCUCGAGCGUGUCGUGGGGUUGUGGGCGUGGGCAGCCAUCUUCCAGCGCACGCGCCUUGCCAUCUUCGACCAGGUGUACCACGAGAUGGGACGCCCCGAGACCGCCAAGACGCCGUUCCGACUGACGGACGCGGCGAGGUGGGAGCUGACUACGAUGGCGUACUGCGCACCCCUCUUACGCACAGAUCUCGAAGCUCCGUGGCUCUCGCAGGUGUUCAUGACGGACUCCAGCGACACGGGCUACGGAGUGGCGGUCACCGACGCCUCGCUGGAGGAGAUCAGGAAGGACGCCCGUUACAGCGAGAUGAGGGGAUGGACGAUCGCCACCGAGGAUAUCUUCACAGCCCAGGGGGAGGACGCCUGGGUCCCCCAUGCUGGGGGAUGUGCCUACGAUGUCGACGAGCUUAUCGAGGCCUCGACUGCACCGCCGCCGCGGGUAAGUCGGAGGGUCUACCGGGUGCUGUACCUCUUCGCGGGCAGGCGCCGGGAGGGGGAUCUAGAGGAGGCAAUGCACUCGCGUGCGGAGCUCGACGGCUACGAGGUCGAGGUCUGGUCCAUCGACGCGGUGAUCAGACCGAAGCACGACCUCACCAACGACGAGCUCGUCAGCCUGAUCCUGAGCCUGGCGCGCGACGGGUACUUCCACGCAGUGAUCGCCUCGCCCCCAUGCUCCACUUGGAGUCGGGCUCGCUUCCUGGGGAAGGGGCCCAGGCCCUUGCGGACACGCCUCGAGCCUUGGGGGCGGAGCGACAUGUCAUUCACAGCCUUCGAGCGCCUCCGCCUGGACCUGGGGUCGCGCCUUUUGCUGUCGGCCACGCAGGCGGUCCGCGAGGUAUGUCGAGCUGGAGGCCUGGGCUUGAUGGAGCACCCUGCGGACCCAGAGGAGGACCCCUACCCGUCAAUCUGGAACCUACCCGAGAUGGCAUGCCUCCUCGAGGAGACGGGCGGGAAGAUCAAUCGGAUCGACCAGUGCCGCUACGGAGCCCCAUCGAUGAAGCCGACCAUGAUUGGCAUUUUCGGGUUCUACGACGACACUGGACUUCGCCGCGGACCGUCUCCGCUUGAGGCGUACCAGCCGCCGCUGUGCGCCGCGCUGGCGGAGGUGAUCAUCGAGGCUUUCGCCCGCGUGACGAGGGAGAUGAGUGGCCCCGAUCCAACGGGCUCGCGCGUGUCUCCAUCUACUUCGCCCUUCGGCCCGCCGGGGCCGGGGAGGGCGAGGAUCGAGGUGAGGUCACGAUAUACGCGACCUGGGCCGCGCCUGUACGGGAUACGCUGGUGGAUAGCCGCCAUGGCAUUGGAGGCAGUCCACCCUGCUGGCGCGGUUCGCCCGAAGCCACCCAGGGCGGGGGGCAUCCCCCUGCAGAAGCGAGGGCCACGUGCGUGGGAGAACUACGAGAAGGAGCCGCACCUGGGCAUCAGCGAGGGCGGCUUCACAAGGCUGCUCACCCACUCCGUGGCGGACGUCACCGCGGCGCAGUGGGCCCCGAAGGUUCGAGACUUUCUCAGCCACUGUGUCGACAAGGGUUGGGAGCUGCGGUCCGCGAACGCCGCGGACCACGCCCUGGCCGACUACAUGGACAUGAAGUGCUACAAGGAAGCCGUCUUCGCCAUCGCCAUCUACUUCUUCGAGGCGGGGCUCCUGGAUGAAGCCAUCUGGACCCUGGUGCAGCACGACGUCUACGGGCGGGAGCAGGACAUGGAGAUGCUACGCGAGGCCGAUAUCAUCUGGGAUGGCAGAUGCGCGGGCCUCCUGUUUGGCAUCUCGGCCCGAGGCGAGGAGGGCAAGACGGGCAGCAACCGAGGGGUCGUCAUCCGCCGCGGCACGGUCGCGAGCCUCAUCCUGGCCCUGAAGGACGUCAAGAAGAAUGUCGCGGGGCCCAUCUUCGGCCCCAAACAGGCAGGCUUCCGCAAAGAGUGGCACCGCGCAUGUCGCUCGCUGGGGAUACCAUGGGCGCCGCCUCCGCACGGGCUCCGCCACUCGGGGCCCAGCGAGGACGUGGCCCGAGGACGGGCCAGCCUGGAGCAGGUGCGGAGGCGGGGCAGGUGGAAGGCAUUGUCCAGCGUCCAACGCUACUCUAAGACGUUCGCCCUCACGCAGCUCCGUGCAAAAAUGCCGAAGAAGGUGCUGGACGUGGGAUCCCGUGCGACCUCCGACCUGGCCGCCGAGAUACUCCGUGCGAUGGAGUCCCGCACCAACUACAGCAAGCAACAGCGGCAGCUGGUCGACGGCAUCAGGACGAACCUGAAGACGAAGAAGGUGAAAGAUGUCGCCGCAGAGCUCCUGAUGCUGGGACUCACCACCAACGAGAGGUCCACCACCAACAAGAGGUCCACCACCAACAAGAGGUCCACCAAGGGUGACACAAGCUGCCCAGAGUCCGACGACCUCUACUCCGACGAGACGCGGGGAGAGGGCACUGGAUGGUGGACAGAGCGAGGCGACAG